UUUCUCGCUGUCCUCUCCUCAUAGUCCUCAUUCACUUCGGUAUGUGAAUUUCAAUCAAUCGGCAUCGCAUAAAUCGUACUCCUAUCGGCCCAAUCGCCAUUAUUAUUAUUUUAUUGCCAUGCCAAGUCACCAAGCCAGAAUUCACCCAAGAUAUUGAUUAAUUUUAAAUUGUGUGUACCAAUUUAUAUUCCCUCUAACGUUUUUUUCUUCACCGCUAAACUCAAGUCUCUGCGAGUGUCUGGAGUGCUUGAAAAUUACUGUAAGAAUGUCGAUUGAAUAUUUGCAAGUAGCAGAAGAUGAGGGUGAAGAGCCCAUUGAGCUCCCCACCGAAGACGAUGGUACUUUGCUUUUAAGCACGCUGGCCGCCCAAUAUCCUGGGGCUUCGGGGCUCAAAUACAGGAAUCCCGAGAAUAAAUCUGUGAGGGGUGUGAGAUUGAGCGAUGGAAGAUUGCAUCCGCCCGCAGAUGGGGGCUGGGGGUCGCAUAUUUAUAACUGUGUGUUUCCUAAAGAGAACAAACGUAAAAGUGAUGACCACCUCGAAAAUUCCACGGCCAAAACCAAACGUAUGGAAACGAAAUUACGUUGCACCGACCUGAUAGUUUUGGGUUUACCAUGGAAAACUACCGAGCAAAAUUUAAGGGAAUAUUUCGAGACUUUUGGGGAGGUGCUGAUGGCACAAGUAAAAAAAGAUCCAAAGACUGGCCAAUCCAAAGGAUUCGGUUUUAUUAGGUUUGCUUCGUAUGAAUCUCAGAUGCGUGUGUUGGCUCAAAGGCAUAUGAUCGAUGGAAGAUGGUGUGAUGUGAAAGUUCCCAAUUCAAAAGAAGGUCUCAUCCAACAAGUUCCUUGCAAAGUCUUCAUCGGCCGUUGCACCGAAGAUUUAACCUCGGACGAUCUCCGAGAAUAUUUUGGCAAAUUUGGUGAAGUAACCGACGUAUUCAUCCCAAAACCCUUCAGAGCGUUCAGCUUUGUCACAUUUUUGGACCCGGAAGUUGCUCAAAGCCUGUGUGGCGAGGAUCAUAUCAUCAAAGGCGUGUCAGUUCACGUCUCAAACGCAGCCCCAAAAUCUGAAACAAGAGCUGCCAAGCACGGUUACGAUCACAGAGGAGACGGACGUAUGCAUGGACCUAAUAGAGGCCCACCGGGAGGACCCGAAGGGCCGGGAGGCAUGUAUCCACAGAGGUAUAAUGGACCUCCAGGACCGAAUCAGGGAAAUUGGGGUAAUCAGGGUGGUCCUAGAGGCAACUUGGAUAUGCCCAAUCUGCAAGCAUUAGGUAUAACAGGCCAAGGAGGUCAAAACAACAAUCAAGGUGGCUGCAAUCCUUUAGGAUUAGGACUAAAUUUAGGGGCUCUACCAAUGAACCCCGCUUUGGUAGCUGCAGCUUUAAACCAGGCCAGUUGGGGACUGAUUGGCAAUUUACAAAACCAACCCGAACCCAAUUUCAAUCAAGGAUUCAAUAACGGACCCAAUAACAAUAGUGGAUUUAUUCCAGGCAACAACCAAGGUGGCGGUAACCAAGGGGGCGGGGGCGGUCCAGGUUUCCUUAACUGGAUGUCGCAAGGCGGUGGAGGUCCUGGAAACGGCCAAGAGGGCGGUCAGUGGCCAGCCAGGCCUCCGCCAGGUCAAAAUCAGGAUAAUAAGGGCUUUCUGAAGUAUGACUAGGAUAGGGCUACAGCCACUGUGCAGGCUGUAGGCGUAGUUGUCAGAAGAACUAUGGAAUUAUUGGUAAACAAAAAUCUCACCCUCCAGUCAUCGUUAACCAAUCCAGAUAAUGGGAGUCAUUUAAAGGCACCAACACCCUAAAGAGGUGAACAACUUAAAUUAGUAGUUUAUUUAGUAAUGUUGUGUGUAAAUUUAUGAAUUUAUCGCCUAUAGAACAAAAUGUUAUGAAUUUUUGUGCAAAUCAUGGUUUGUUUGCGAAAUUUAUUAGAAGGGUAUUAGUAAAUAAUUCUAAUCUUUAAUGCUCAUAAAUUUGUUUACCAAUUGACAAAUUUAUAUAUUAUUCACUUAGAAAAUACUUAGUAGCCCUUAGUGUAAGACAAAAAUGAAAGUCUAUUUAUCAAUUUAGAAUAAGUGCAAAAGUAAUAGAUUUAAUUGUGUAAGAAGAAGGAUGGAAUUUUAAGUAAGUGUACAAACUGGAAGAAAGGGAGAGAACAUUUGUCUUCGAUUGUUUAGAGUUAGCAUAUAUGUAUGUCUUUUUUUUCUAAUAUUAUGAAGGAACAAUAGACGUCGCAAACAGCGUGACUGAGUUGAGUUUUAUUACUAAGUAAGAAUUUCAGGUAUUUUUGAGAGUGUUUUGUGUUUGAUAAUGGUCUGGACUUGAUGAAGAAACUAUGGUGUGUUCAAGAGUUUUAUUUAAUGGGUAUGUUUGUUUCGUUAAUAUUUUAAUUAGAUUGAAACAGUGGCGUAGGAUACAAGAACAUCUUCAGAGGAGAACUUAUUAAUUGGCAAAAAAAAAAAACAAGGAAAAUAUUAGUUUACACUACGCCACUGGAUAUUCAUUUUUUUUUUUAGGUAGAAAGAAUGUAAAGUUUUUAUCAAAAUUUUAAUUUUUCAAGACCAUUUGACCAAUUGAAUUGAUUCGAUAUUUUCCUUUUUCUCAAUCCUGUUAUCAUUUUCAUUUGAUGCUUGGUCCCUUCUUGGUCCUUAU